CAUACUAUCCAAAAAAAAAAUAAUCAAGGCCCCGUGUGCGCGCAGCAUUUCCUUCUCGGGCUGAAGGCGUGGGUCUCGAGAGCAGCUUAAAAAGCUUUGCACUAAAAUGGCUUCGCCUUCGAUACCAUUCGUCCCCCUCACGUCCCAUCGCGCCGUCCCCUUUGCCCUGGGGACGACUCCUCCAUGGCCACCGCCCCCGCGCCCCGACGCUGCUGCUGCUAGGUUGCUACAGGAGGAGGAGGAGGCCGGGGUGGGCGGCUCGCGAGCUCGAUCGCCUGCCGGGCUCGAGCUGGAGCCUAUGGUGCUGGAUCUCAAUGCCGAGUCGCCGACGGCCGGGUCGGCCUCGGCCACCUCGAGCUCCAGCGGCGUCGCUGGCGGCGGCGGGGGCUUCUUCCGGUUCGACCUGCUCGGCGGGAGCCCCGACGAGGAGGGCUGCUCGCCCUCGCCGCCCGUCGUGACGCGCCAGCUCUUCCCCUCGCCGCACCCGUACGCCGCCUCACCGGCGUCGGACGGGUCGCCGCCGCCUGGGGUGGCGGGGGCGUCGGCGCACCGCGCGGCGGAUCUCGGGGCGUCGGCGCCGGCGCCGGCGGCUGCCGCGCCUUCGUCGCCCGCCGCCGGGAAGAAGAGCCGCCGCGGGCCCAGGUCGCGCAGCUCGCAGUACAGGGGCGUCACCUUCUACAGGAGGACCGGCCGCUGGGAGUCGCACAUCUGGGACUGCGGGAAGCAGGUGUACCUGGGUGGAUUCGAUACGGCUCACGCCGCAGCAAGGGCAUAUGAUCGUGCUGCGAUCAAGUUCAGGGGCCUCGAUGCAGACAUCAACUUCCAUCUCAAGGACUAUGAGAGUGACUUGAAGCAGAUGAGGAAUUGGACCAAGGAGGAGUUUGUUCACAUACUCCGACGUCAGAGCACUGGCUUUGCCAGAGGGAGCUCAAAGUACCGGGGUGUGACUCUGCACAAGUGCGGCCGGUGGGAAGCUCGGAUGGGUCAGCUUCUUGGAAAGAAAUACAUCUACCUUGGGUUGUUUGACAGUGAAAUUGAAGCAGCAAGAGCAUAUGACAGGGCAGCCAUUCGCUUCAAUGGUCCCGAUGCUGUUACUAAUUUUGAUUCUAGUUCCUAUGAUGGUGAUGUUCCACUGCCACCUGAAAUCGAGAAAGAUGCAGUGGUUGAUCGGGACAUCCUUGAUUUAAAUUUGAGGAUUUCACAACCUAAUGUGCAUGAUCCAAAAAGUGAUGGUAUCCUGACUGGAUUUGGAUCAAAUCGUGAUUCUCCUGAAGCUUCAAGUUCAAUUGCUUCUCAGCCAAUAAGACCUCAGUGGCUUGUGCAUCCCCAUAGCACAUUGGGUUCACCCCAGCAGCCACAGUUGUACGCAUCUCCUCCAGGGUUCUUUGUGAACCUCAGGGAGGCUCCAGGUAUGGAGAACUACCGGACCGUUGAGCCGGCCCCUCAGGCGUUCCCUCCUUGGGCAUGGCAAAUGCAGGGCUCCCCUGCGCCGUUGCUCCCUGCUACUGCAGCAUCAUCAGGAUUCUCUACCGCCGCCGCAGCGGCCACCGCCGGCGUGCCGCCGCCGCCGUUAGGCCCCAGCCCGUUCGCCGGCCGCCACCACCACCAGCUCCGCUUCCCCCCAACCGCCUGACAGGUCGCCUCCCCCUGCCCAACUGGAGACGGGCGCCUAGCCUGACCGGUGGCCGGUGACCGUCCAAUCUUCACUGGUCCGUCACAGUGGCGGCCAUUGGUUGGGGGAUAUUGGGAGAGGCAGAGGCUCCCUCCACCGUGUGGGAUGAUCUCUCUGCCUCUCUCCCGGGCUGGUGGUAGCUAUCGUGAAUCGUCGAAGCUUAUGGUUCACUUUCCAAAAUAAAAAAAGAAGCUUAUGGUUCUCCCAAUCUUCCUUUGAGGGCGCGUGAGCGUGUACCAGCAAAAAAGAAAAACUUUGAUGGAAUAAAUAAACCAUAUUUAUGAUACUUCUUUGGCA